CAUGGGCAUCGAAAUCCUGUCGUAUCUUUGCCUCACGCUGAGGCUUUUCUUACUUCAACACCAUCACCAUGGCGGUUGGGUUGUCGUCGCUUCCUACGGAGCUGAUAUGUCACAUCCUACUCUUCCUUACCCCUAAGGACCUUUGUCGUUGUGCAAUUACCUGCAAAAUUGUCCGGGUUGCAGCUCAAAAUUCGGUCCACAUCCAAUACAAGCUCGAGCUUUAUGCCCAAGGCCUCAAUGAGACCGAUGCCAUGGGUGCAGACUCUAUCAGUGUUGUCAGAAAGAUGUGCUCACUCAAGAGCCUGGUAUCCUUGUGGCGGUCCAGUUUCCAUGUCAAUACCGUUUUCCAAGAUGUGGUUACUUCAGACCAACAUUUCCUAGAAUCACAGUCCGUGAAAUGUGGGACUUUGUGGGUACGGAGAACGAACAGUCUUUUGAUUCGAGAUUGCAAGAAAAAGACCAAACACCCUCACGUGUGGCCCGAACAUGACUUGUUCAAGCAACCCAGACAUCCACACGGCUUGAUUAUGCAUUCAGUCGUCUUCGACCCACUGCAGGAUCUUGUAGUCGCAGUCUCAUCGCCUCCUGUGUUUAAUUUGGACGAUGCUCAGCAAGAUCACCUCGUCUUUUGGGUCGAGUUUUGGUUGGCUUCAUCCCAGCUUCCACAUCCGGAGUCUGCGUGCACUUCGUUGGAGUGCAGACAUCCCUAUGAAUUUCCUACACUUGAUACCUAUCUUGUUCGUAUCGUGGGUAGGCCUGCAAUCUGUGGGGAUCGUAUAGUUGUGCUCUAUUGCACAAAACAUCGCACUUCAUGGAACAACACAGCAUCCAAUAUGUUCAUCCAAGUUAUAGAUUGGAGGAAAGGACAUGUUGAAAGAGGGAUGAAUUACAUGCAAGUUUACAUCUAGUCGAUAAACACACAAUUGUUAUCGUCAACUCAAAAGGUCAUAUAGUCUUGUACACAUUACAAGGACUUGAUGGAUCACCUCGGCGUCGAAUCACGUAUCUCCUUCCGA